CUUCUACACCAUGCUUAUGAUUUAGCUGCAUUACAUUCAUGUGUGAGAGAAAUCAAGAAAUACACAGAUAAUGCAUCAGUGUACAAACAAUGUAAAGAUCAUCGUGACAUGGGUCAGCUGAAGGCCAAUACAAAGUGGACCAUCACACCAAAAACGACAGAGACAGUGAAGGUACAGAGGAUGAGGCAGUGAGUGUCAAUCUCCACAGAUCUGGGCUCAGUGACACACACACGCAUGGAUCCUCUGAUGCUCCUGUUUCUUCUCAUUGCUGGGCUCACAGGUGCUGACAGUGUGUCCACAGUGAGCUGGGUGUCUGCAUGGAGAGGAGGAUCUGUCACCAUCCCAUGUUUCUAUGGUGACAGACAUAAAACUCAUGUGAAAUUUUGGUGCAGAGGGUAUAAUGUGAGUUCAUGUACUCCCAUAGUACACACUGACUCUCCACAGGAGGGUAAAGUGUCAGUCAGAGAUGAUCCUGACCAGCGAGUCUUCACUGUGACCAUCAACAAUCUGACAGCUGAGGAAUCUGAUUAUUAUUCAUGUGCUGUGAAGAUCAGUGGACGUUCAGAUGUUGGAGCAUCACUUUACCUGUCAGUCACUAAUGGUCCCCCAAGGCUGUCAGUGGACAAACAGGAGGUGACGGGUGUAGAAGGAGACAGUGUCACUGUUCAGUGUCACUAUAAAAACAGUGACAGUCAGAAGUUGUGGUGUAAGUUUGGGGGCUCCUGUGCAUCAGAGAGAUCUGUGAGUUUGGAUGGGAGGCCUGUCCUGAUCAGGGAUGACAGAGUAAACAGAUUCUUCAGUGUGACAAUGAGGGGACUGGAGAGGAAGGACACUGGCUGGUACUGGUGUGCUGCUGGGUACCACCAGAUCCCAGUUCAUAUUACUGUCAGUCAGACAACUACAACCACAACCAGCACUGAACAUGGAGGGAAUAAUGAAAAACUGAGGUGGGAGCAGGUUCUGGAUGCUGUACUGAAAGCUGGGACUGGUGUGUUUUAUCUGAUUUGCACCAUCAUCGCCAUUCAGCUGCACUGGACCUCCUGUAGAAAGAGGGGAUCCAAUCAGAGAGAAGCAGAGGGAGGGGCCAAUACAAACCACGGGUCUUAAGAAAGUAUGAAUAAGUGUACAAGCUUAUUAAUCCUGUUAAAAUCAUAAGCAUACACCAGCUGUUAGGGUAAAUAAAUUAACAAACAUCAAGGCUGUAUCAGCAAGGUUAUGCUAUGUUUGUAUGAAAUGCCUUUUUAUAUAUCAGGACUGUUUCAAUUUAUGCUGUAGCCAUUUAUUUGUGCAUGAAUCUCGCAGGGUCAGAGGAAGCUGGGUAGGGGGGGUGACCUUUGUGGAGCAGAAUGACUCAGACGAGCUGUAAAAUAAAUGCUUAUGCUAACUGCAGUGAGGCCUCUCUCACGCGGAC